AUGUCCCGAGUGACUCGAUCGACCUCUCAGAGAGAAAUCAUACAGAACGAAGCAAGUAAUGAUUCUGAUGAAUCCAUGGAAGACGAAGAAAGCACUCAUGAAAGUGUUCAAGUGACUACAUCCCGAUCGAGAGGUAAAAGCGGUUGGAUUGAAGAACAAAACGAAAUUAAAGUUAAACCUUGGAAACGAUCAAUGGUAAAAGUAGGAGAGUCCAUCUCACGAAUUGGAUAUGUACAGUUAACCCCUGAAGAACUCAAACAAUGGCAAGAGGAAAAGGAGAGGAAAGCAAAAGAACAUGUUGUAACACCACACUUCCAACAAUUAGCCUUGGAAAAAGAGAGACAGCAACAACAACUUUUACAAUCCAAAGCUACCACGCCACAACAACAAUCAGCAACAGAGGGAACCUCGGAAGUUGGAGCAAGUGGCUCAUCAGCCGACACUAAGGAUACCACAACAAGUCCCACAAGCAGUGAACAAACCAAUCAACCACAACAAGAGCACACAGAUACAGUCAGUGGAGAGCAUGCAACAAACGUGGAAGAUCAUCAACACCAACAAGAUGUCCAUACUCACAUGGAGGAUCAUACUUUCAAUUUGGAGGGCAAUGAAGAUGAAUUUUUGAAAAAAUUUGUUGAAAAAAAAUACGCCACAAAAACUAUCAUGCCAGGUAAAAGAGUUAGAAAGGAGAACCCAAACAAGGAGAAGUCAUCAGCUUCUUUGGCACAAUCAGUGACCAGAUUGAGCCCAAAUGCUUUGUUCUGGAAGAAGGGUACUUUUGCCUACGUUAAGAGUGCUGAUAAGAGAACCAAGAAGGUUGUUAAACAACAAAAGAUCAAGGUCGUUAGAAAUAAGCAAAAGGUUGAAGUUGCUGAUGACAGAGUUGCUAACAACUUCUCUCUCUCAUCCGUCAGAACAAAGAGCACCAAGGUCCAAAAGGCAACCAAACUCAGAGCUUCCAUCACACCAGGUACUGUCUUGAUUUUGUUGGCUGGUAAAUAUGCUGGUAAGAGAGUUGUCUUCUUGAAGCAAUUGACAUCAGGACUCUUGUUGGUUACUGGUCCAUACCAAUUCAACGGUGUCCCAUUGAGAAGAGUGAAUCAAAGAUAUGUUAUUGCCACAUCUACUAAGGUUGAUGUCACUGGUGUCAAGGUCCCAGAAUCAGUCACUGAUGCCACUUUUGCUAAGGAACACAAGCCAAGAUUGGAUGAAACUGGAAAGAAGUCAUUUUUCAGAGCCGGAAAGAACGGAGCUAUCUCUGAAGAGAAUAAGAAGGUCUUUGAUGCUGUUGACCAACAAGUUGCAGCUGCCGUAAGCAAGGUUGAAUUGUUGAAGGAAUACCUCCAAACUCCUUUCAGACUUCACAACGGUGACAAGCCACACGAAAUGAAGUUUUAA